AUGUCCCGCGGUCGGCCGAGCCACGACCACUCCACGCCAUGCCGCGCACGACCAUGCCGCGCGAGAAGCAAGGCCUUGCGGCCGCGCAACCUAUCUCACGUACCACGGCCGAUGGCGCCGUCCGAGCCGGGAAGCACGUCCCGCGUCCGGCCGAGAAAGCAUCGGCCAAUCUUCACCCGUCCGACCACACGGCCGACCGCGAAUCCAUCCGGCCACGACCGUUCCAAUCGAUCCGACCACGGCCAUGACCCGAUCAUCCGGCCGAUCGUCCCGACCGACCGUCCGAACGCCGCGGUCGACCCAAAGCCUGUUUUGAAGCCCGAUUUCAUAUGUUUCUUAGACUGCGAAAAUUGA